AUGAAGUCGCAACUCAUAUCCAAUCCUUUGGCUUCGAUCUUCAGCACUACAAGCUCGUUGUCGUCGACUCAAAUCGCUUCGCAAGACUAUCUCAUCGGUCUGCGUGGUAUCGUCGUUCUCCAGUCAUUCUUGUUCGUUUUCUUUCAGGUCUUCCUCCCGACCGCGGUCCCGGACUCGAACAACCAAGAUGGACCGCUCUACCAGAUGAUUCUCCGCAAGUCGUUCUCAGUCGUCUUCGUCAACGAGUCCUUGAUAUAUUCCUGGAUCAUCUUCCUCUCCGCGCGCACAAUCGCUCUGCCGUUCCUCAGCAACACGACCCGCGAAGUCUGUGCAUCCAGCAUCUUCCGCCGCGGUGUCAGGCUAUGGCUGCCAACGUUCGUCGCCUUUUCGAUCGCUGUUGCAGCUUUCACAGCCUCUGACACUAAGUACAUCACCGACUUCUUCACCCGUACCGGCAACGUCUCCGCCGAGACACCAAUGCGUAUGCGCAACUUCCUGGUGUACUUCAACUCACUGUUCGACAUCUUCUGGAUCAAUAAGCAGUACAGCGUUCAGGCUGCCAAUAAAGCCUUCCCGUCCGGUACAAUGUGGAUCGUUUCUGUACUAUUCCAGCAGAGCUACACAGUGUACAUGACCAUGAUAAUAGUGCCUUACACACGGCUGUCAUGGCAACUCAAGGCGCUGAUUUUCUUCAUCCUGACAGCGUUCUGGGUCCAAAGUUGGGCUUGGUACAGUGUGACUGGUCUCCUGGUCGCUGAUGCCGUGCUCAACAUGGAUCUCCAGGUCAAGUCGAGGACAGGUCUCAAGAUCCGGAAGUGCAGCAUACCGAUGUGGCCAUUGUAUGCAGCUUUCGUCUUUACGGGCAUCAUAUUGCAAUUUCUAUUCAUCUCUUGGAAGCCGAGCAUGCGCAACAACGAAAACCAUGGGCACACGGGCUUGUAUACUGAGGGCCUGCUCAACGAGGAGCAGGAUCUUGACCAGCCUCUGGCUCGCGUUGACAAUUACUUCUUCAUGCUGGGGGCGAUGCUGUUGAUCGAGACAUACGACAUGCCUCGGAGAUUACUGCGACUCAGUCCUUUAGUUGCACUUGGAAGGAGGAGUUUCAGUGUUUUCCUCGUACAGCCCACCAUUGUCUAUACUGUUGGCAUCAAGCUUUGGCUAGCGAUGGAUAAUGCGGGCAUGAAGAAUGCGUUGAGUACGUUUGUAAGCUUCCUUGCCUGCGCAUCUACAGUCGCGGUUACCUCAGAGGUCUUCUAUCGAGUUAUAGAUCUCCCGAGCAUUGCCGGGGCGAAGGCAAUUUGGUCUUUCAUGAUCAAAUAG